UCCCUUCUAGCGGGAAACUAGUGUAGCGUUUGCCAGCGUGCAGCGAUUGAGCGAUUUAAGCUCUCUCCGAAACAGGGAGACAGCAAGCUUUUAAGAGAGGCAUCAUGCAAUCUGCGUGCGUGGAGGUGAGCAGAAGUACAGCCGUUUAAUGAGAAGCAGCCAUUUUUAUCUGCCCGGAGUCGUCCGUUAGAAUAAAUCAGGGGUCUCUCCAACCGGGGUAUAUAUAGCCGCACCCUCCCCCCCUUCUGGUUUGAACAUGCCAUAUUUAACCAGCAGCUGCAGAUUCAUAAAGGCACAGAUACAUUUGCUUCCUUUUACUGCUGACCCCCUUUACCAAAUAUAACCAGAGGCAAAGGCUAAGAUGGUUAACGUAUUCGACGUGCAAAUCUUCUUUGUAGUCCUCAGAGAAUCCCUAGAAGCCGUCAUUGUGGUGUCGGUGCUUCUUGCUUUCUUAAAGCAAGGUCUCGGUGGUGCUAAUGACGACCCAGUGGUCUAUAAGCGUCUCCGAAAACAAGUUUGGCUAGGUGCAAUUAUCGGUGUUAUUGUCUGUUUAAUCAUCGGUACUGCUUUUAUCGCAGUGUUUUACACAUUGAAGAACGACAUUUGGGGGAAAACCGAGGAUUUAUGGGAAGGGAUCUUCUGUAUCAUUGCCACAGUCUUGAUUUCCCUCAUGGGGAUUGCCAUGUUGAGAGUCAACAAGAUGCAGGCAAAGUGGAGGGUGAAGUUGGCCAAAGCUUUAUUGGAGGAGCCAAAGUCUAAGAAGGACAGAUACAAAAUUGGCUACCUCACCAAGAAGUACUGCAUGUUCAUCUUACCCUUCAUCACCACCUUGAGAGAAGGGUUGGAGGCUGUUGUUUUUGUCGGUGGUGUUGGUUUAGGCUCCCCUGCCACGUCCUUUCCGCUUCCAGUUAUCUGCGGCUUAAUCUCCGGUAUCUUAGUCGGUAUCGCUAUGUUCUACGGUGGGGCUAAUAUCGGGAUGCAGAUUUUCUUGGUCAUCUCUACCUGCAUUCUCUAUUUGAUCGGUGCUGGUUUAUUCUCUCGCGGUAUCUGGGGACUUGAAUCCUAUAUCUACAACAAGAAGACUGGUGGUGAUGCAUCCGAAAACGGUUCGGGUCCGGGUACCUACGAUAUCACCAACUCGGUUUGGCACGUCAACUGCUGCAACCCAGAAAGGGACAAUGGAUGGGAUGUGUUUAACGCUCUUUUGGGAUGGCAGAACUCUGCCACGUACGGCUCCGUUAUCGGUUACAACAUCUAUUGGUUGUGUUUGAUCAUCACCGUUGGUUUGAUGUUGUUCGAGGAAAAGACGGGUCACUUGCCUUUCACCAAGGGAUUGAGAUUGAUCGAAUUGAACCCGAUGUACCACAUUAAGAACAAGAAGAAGAAUGAGUUGACCAAGCAGGAACAGGAUGUUUUGUUUGAGCAACUCAAAAAGCAUAAGAUCGAGGGUACAGACGCGGCGGACACUACUGUCCCAAAGAGAAGCGCUUCCAUUGAAGUCUCUGCUUUAUAAGGGCUUAUUUUUCUAUUCCCGGACCUUGCUGUACGCCUGACAUGAUUUAAAUCAUCUUUGAUUGUUUUCUACACCGCCGAAAUUGGACACAAUGUCCUUACGCGCAUCCGCUUGCUUUUAUCUC